GGGGAGCUGAAGUAGAUGUUAAGAGAUUGAAUAAGCGACCGGCCCCUCCUCGCUUUGGAAGGAAGUUGACUGAAGCUCAAAAGGCGCGAGCAACACAUAUAUGCCUUGAUUGCGGAUACAUCUACACAAUGCAAAAGCCUUUCGAAGAGCAGACUAUGGCAUCACAAAGUGCUAGCACCCAAGAUUCAAUUGGUAUAAAUGGUGGAACGGGAAGUCAAUCACUGCCCGUUGAGAAUUCUACCGUUGAUGAGUCUAGACAAAUGGAAGAGACGAAACAACAAGAUGUGAUUGAGCAUAAAGGAAAGAAACGGAGUCCGUGGUGGGACUUCUAUGAUGUAGUUGUGGUGAACAAGGCUACAAAAGCUAAAUGCAAAGCUUGCAACAAAGUGUUGGGAGGUGAAUCAAGGAACGGCACUACUCAUUUGAAGGAGCACUAUCAUAGAUGCCCGUGUAGAAGGGUCGGUGGAGAUAUAAGGCAAAUGGUGCUAAAAGGCAAUUCGAAAGGUGAUUUAUCUCAUGGGAGUUUUAACAAUGGAGAAGCAAGACUGGCAUUAGCAAAAAUGGUGAUUAUACACGAGUAUCCUCUUUCCAUUGUUGAACAUAGAGGAUUUAGAGAUUUCACUGUCACCCUUCAACCUCUUUUCAAGUGUCCUUCACGCAAUACCUUGAAGAGUGAUGUCAUGAAGGUAUAUGCAGAAGAAAAAUGUAAAGUUAUCCAUUUAUUAGAAGAGUGUGACUGUAGGGUGGCAAUCACUACUGAUGUGUGGACCUCCAGCAAUCAAAAGAGAGGGUUUAUGGCAAUCACCGCCCACUUCAUUGAUAACUCUUGGGUUUUACGAAGCCAAAUCUUAAGGUUCAUUUAUGUGCCUUGUCCUCACACAAGUGAAGUGCUAACAGAGGUGUUAAUUGAGGCAAUGAUGGAGUGGAAUUUGGACUCAAGGUUAUCUACGAUAACAGUAGACAAUUGCUCCAUUAAUGAUAGCAUGAUUGGUAAGUUGAAAACUAAACUGAACACUACACAUUUAGUGAAGGAUGGUUCCUUGUUUCACAUGCGUUGUUCAGCUCAUAUCUUGAAUCUUGUUGUGAAGAUUGGUCUAGAUGAGAUCAAGGAUUUCAUUGAAAAUGUUAGGGAUAGUGUGGUUUAUUGGACAGCAUCUCCAAAGCGUGUAGAGAAAUUUGAAGAGGUAUGUCGUGGAAUGAAAGUGCCUUGUUCUAAAAAGUUAGGAUUAGAUUGUCCAACUAGGUGGAACUCUACCUAUUUAAUGCUAAAGGUGGCUUUACACUAUAAGAAUGUUUUUCCUAGGCUUAAGUUGCGUGAGUCGCAAUAUAAAACUGUGCCUCUUGAAAGUGAGUGAGACAUUGCAAAAGAGGUUUGUGGUAGAUUGGAGUUGUUUUAUUCUGCCACAAAAGUAUUUUCUGGGACCAAUUAUCCUACUGCCAAUUUAUUUUUUCCAAAAGUUUGUGAGAUCAAAUUAGAGUUGAAUGGAUGGGUGAAGUUGCCUUCUGUAGUCAUUAAUAUCAUGGCAUCAAACAUGUUGAUCAAGUUCAAUGACUAUUGGGAAAGUGUUCAUAAAUUGAUGGGUGUUGCGGUUGUAUUGGAUCCGAGGUAUAAUAUGGCUUUGCUUAGAUACUAUCUUCCAAUGGUAUACCCGGAUUCUCAUGAGAAGGAAAUUGAUAGCAUCCAACAACUUUGUUAUGAUUUGGUGAAGGAAUACCAAAGAAAGAAAGAUUGUGAAAGUGAUAUAAUAUUAGGUGAGAAUGAAAGUAGUUCAAGAAGCACAAUUUCUGACCAUAUGAGUGGCUUUCAAAGUUUUGUUAAAAGACUUCUAGUUCUAAUUUUAGAACUGAGCUAGAUCACUAUUUAGAUGAUGAUGUUUUACCAAUGACGGAUGAAUUUAAUAUUUUAUUGUGGUGGAAAGUUAAUGGGGUGAAAUACCCCACGUUGCAAGCCAUUGCAAGAGAUAUAUUGGCAAUUCCAGUGUCUACAGUUGCCUCGGAGUCAGCAUUCAGCGGGAGUGGAAGGUUAGUUAGUCCUCAUCGUAAUCGGCUCCAUCCAAACACAAUAGAAGCAUUUAUGUGCGCACAAAGUUGGUUAUGGAACAACCUUAAAAGAAGAAGAAUCAUUUGUUUCAGAUGGAUACGCAUCAAUAUAUGAUGAUGAUAUUAAUUUUGAUGAAGGUGAUGAAACAGGUCCAUCCGGAGUGACUACCUGACAUGAACAAAAGGGUGAUCCAAGGAUAAGGGGAUUUGGGAUGAUUAACAAUCGCUUUUUAGAAUCUGGAUGUUGAAGUGUUGAAUAUUGAUUUGUUGUUGUAUUGAAUUUAGGCCUAAUACUAUUCUUUGUGAAGGUUUACUACUUUUUAGGCCUAAAACUGUUUUUGAAUUUAGAUUACUACUUUGUUAUUAUGUUACAACUUACAAGAGAUAUUGGAUGUUGAGUGCUUAGUACUUAGUAUGUUUACAUGAACAACCAGGAUUCAAAAAAUUGGCUAUUUGGU